GACGACCGUGACUGUCAGCCUCACUAGUUCACUGGAAGUUGAGGCUUUUCAGGUUGUUUCGACUUGUUUCGGCGGAAGUUUAUAGGCUAUAGCUACUACAACUUGAACCUGCAGCACAAGACACAGCAAACAGUUGCAUGGUAUUUUCAUAUAGGAGAACCCCCCCAAGUCACAACAGUAACCCACAGCCUCCUCUUCAUCAUUAGAUUCACUACUAACGAUAUGUCCCACAAUGAAACGUCUGGUCUUCACCUGGACGAAUAUCGCCGUUAUGGCAGACAGAUGAUACUAGAUAACUUCGGAUUGCCAGGGCAGCUUAAACUGCAACAAGCUUCUGUUGUCGUGGUAGGAGCGGGAGGCCUUGGUUGCCCUGCUUUGCAAUACCUUGCAGCAGCCGGUGUAGGUCGACUGGGCAUCGUGGAUCACGACAAAGUUGAAAUAUCAAAUCUCGCACGGCAGAUCCUUCACAGUGAAGAAACGGUGGGCAUGUACAAAUCCAUCUCGGCAGGACAGAGUAUCCGCAAAUUGAAUUCGAGAAUAAAAAUCGAUGUCAUAAUCGAGGCACUGCACUCUUCGAAUGCUGUCUCUCUUUUACAGUCCUACGAUAUAAUUUUAGACUGCACUGAUAAUGCGCCGACUCGCUAUUUGCUCUCGGAUACCGCUGUUCGUCUCGGAAAGCCUCUCGUGAGUGGUGCUGCGCAAAAAUACGAAGGACAGCUUUGUGUGUAUAACUUUGGCGUCGAUGGUCCUUGUUAUCGCUGUCUUUUCCCCAAACCUCCAGCUAUUGAAAACACAGGAACCUGUGAAGAAACUGGAAUAUUGGGUCCCGUAACAGGUAUCAUAGGAAAUAUGCAAGCUUUGGAGACCAUUAAAAUCAUAGUAGGGUUGCACGACCAGAAGGCAUCUAUGUUUUUGUUUUCUGCUAUUUCAGUGCCUGCAUAUCGUGCAGUUAAGCUUCGUUCUCGAAGAAAGACAUGUUCAGCAUGUGGAGAAGAAGAUGCGAAAAUUGGAACAAUCGAAGAAACUGAUUAUGUUGCAUUUUGCGGUGGCCAGAGGCCAAAUUGGGAAGAAAGAGGGUUGAUAGAUGACAAGCCUGGCUUUCGAGCCAAAGUCAAGAGCCUAAAGGACGAUAUAGACGCGAAUGGAAAUGUCUGCGUUAUCGACGUCAGAUCGCCAACAGAGUUUGGAAUAUGUAAUUUGCCGGGUUCUAGAAACGUACCUCUCUACCAAUUAACAGCCAAUCCGGCUCUAUAUCUUCCCGAAGAAAAAACAUCGCGUAUAUAUGUCGUGUGCCGAUUGGGAAACGACUCUCAGAUUGCUGCUGAUGCGUUAAGAAGUGUGGAGUCUGACAUUAUGAUCCAGGAUGUAGUUGGCGGUUUGAGAGCGUGGUCGGAGCAAGUAGAUUCUAAAUUUCCAAUCUAUUGACUUAUAAAUGCCCAAAAUAUUUGUUGUUAUAUUAUACGCAACAACAUAACACAGAAAAACAGAAGUAGCUCCUUCAGUAGACUGGUUAACGAU